UAAUAAUGGAAUCGAAAGAAAAAAUCCACUCUUGCUUGAACAUCCUAAAAAGAUUGCCACCAACUUAAAUCUAAAAGAAUGCAGCAGCAUUAGUAUCUUUAAUUCCAGAUUAUGCAGAAGAAUUAUACUAAAAGAUAGAUAAACCUUUAGGUAUAAAAGAAAUGACAUUUAGAUAUUGGACAAGAUGAAAGAGGCAAUCAAUUUAUUUAAUCGGAGUUCAAUAGAGAUGGAGACUCAUUUAGAUCUCCUUAAAAUAAUCAAUACUAUCCGCCAAUUGAUGAUGCAGUUUAUCCUUCUGAACAAUUACGUAAAUUAGAACUUAAAGCCAACGCAGUAUUUGAUGAAUAUAGAAGAUUGUACUUAUAUUCUGAUAUAUCCAAAGAUAUUAUGAAGGAGGAUUAUCAUCAUGUUAUUUUUGGGAUAAGGAUGAUGGUGGAUUUGCUACUGCUUGGUUGAUUAGGAAAAAUGUAGAAAAAACUAAGGGAAUCGAAGAAGGAUCUUGGAGUUCUAUUAAUGUCAUCGAUGUUAAGACUGAUGGCAAGUCUAAAUGGACUUAUAAGAUAACUACUUCAGUUGUUUUAGAAAUGAAUAUCUCAUCAAACCAAGAUGUUGGCAAAUUUAAUAUUACAGGCACAUUGACCAAAUAGGUACUCUUUAUGGGCAUUUUAUUUAGAAAGAAGAAUCCUUUGAGGCACCUGCUGGAGGUAAAGAUAUAGAGUUGUUCCACAUUAUGAAAAUUGGAACUUUAGUCGAAGAUGUUGAAAGUUAUCUCCGUUCAUAAUUGGAUAGUGUUUAUUUUGGAAAAACCAGAGAUGUAAUAUCUUUGUUUAUCUAUUUUUAUAGAUAGUAUUCUAAACACGUUUUAGCGAAGGAGAAAAACAAUCUAUCCAAUAAAGAUAGGGAUUGGCAGGAGAAUUUAAAUAGAAAUAUGGAUGAUUAAUUGAAUUCAAUAAAGAAUUUUAUUAAAAAUAAUAUAAAAC